AUGGGGGAGCCCGCAGUCGCGGCCAUCCGUGCUUACUACCCCGACGACAACAGUGUCACUGCCGCAAUCAACGCGGGACUCGAGGAGGUCCAAGCGCUCCUGACAAUGGACAUCGGUGAGAUGGCGGGGACCGUCCGCCCGGAUAGCGUAUGGAGCAUCGCCACCAAACCCGUCACCGGAGUCAAGCUGGGACAGGACCACAUGCACCUGCUGGGGACCGUUUCCGUCACCGGUGAAGGCGGCCAGCCAGCCAGGCGGGGGGGCCCUGCAUGUUCCGAUGACCUGCCUGAGGAGAUCGAGUACAGCGGAGAUGGCGAGGAUGACGAGAGUGAUGACGAAGUGGGGCCCAGAGCAGCCAGCGACACCAUGAACACACGGGAUGAGGCCGCGGGUCGCGCUGGCGGUGAGAGCGGCGAGGUGGCUGGCGAGGGUCCCGUGGUCGGCGAAGGAACCGUGGGCGGUGAGGAACCCGCGGGCGGCGAGGAACCCGCGGGCGGUGAAGAACCCGCGGGCGGCGAGGAACAUGCGGGUGUUGAGGAACCUGUGGGCGGUGAGGAACCUGCAGGCGGCGAGGAGGCGCGCGAUGACGACCAGUCUGACUCCGACGGAGGAGAGCGUGGACGCCUGCUGAAGCGGCCGCGUGAUGUCAGCAUACUGCUGGCCUUGCGCGUGUUCACACGGCGGUUCAAUGCUUGCAUCGCCCGUCAACCCCGUGACCGUAUCCGUGGCAGGUUUUGGGGUGUCGACAUGCGUGAGGCUGUCAUGUUGCUGAACGAGGGUGACGAGGAUCACCUUUCAGACGGCGACUAUGUGGCCGUGCUGGAGGAGGUGGAGGGCCGCGCAGUAGUGCGUGUGGCCCUGGUGGAGGGGCUGCUCUGCCCCCAGGGGCGUGGCAGGGGUGCAGCCCGUUCUCGCCUGUCUACCACCAGGCGGCUUGACAUCGGUAACCCAGAUGGCAGGUUGCUGCUCCGCCUUCUACACCCUUCGCAAACCGGCGCAAGCGGACAAUACUUCCUACCACACGCGGUCGACCGGGACCCGAACGAGCUGUGGGAGACCAAGUCCAUCGUCCAAAUCGUGUGCAUGACCCCUGGCCCGGACGCCAUCCUAGGCGGCAACUACAACCUGGACCAACAGGACACGCAGGCGCUGCGUGCGUACUGCACCGCCAACCAGUGCACCCUCGACGAUGGAGAGGGGGAUGAACCGAGGAGGCGGCGUGGAAAGGGCAGGGCGGCGCCUAAGCCCGAGGGGCUCCGCCAGCGGAAGCUACAACGGGACAUGGACCCAGACACUUUGGCGGACUUGAACAGUGUGCUGGAAAGGCCCAUGCCGGGCACCCGGGGCACCCUCAUCGGGGCACCCUCGGGGCACCCUCAUCUAGUUACCCUAGUCAACUUCUCAGUGGAUCGCCUAGGUUCUGCACCCACCACCGACAUCCAACGGAAUCUGCCGCGGAUCGACGGCGGCUCAUUCCAUUCCUGGUCAGCUCAUCCCAGCAAGUCCAGGCCCUUCCAUGCCCCGUCCGAACUUCACUGCUGUCACACCAAGGCCUUGGACCAUAUCCUCGUCAGCCAAGUGUGCCGUGUUACCAUAGCUCAGGUGGGCAAAGGGCCGUCGGCCCUUACCAACCCUAGGAACUUCCGGCAUCGAUUUGCACCUUGUCAAGCGCAAUCAAAUGAUGAGCAGGGCUAUGCCCCCACCUCUACCUAUCUGCCGACCUACCUGCCGGCCUACCCAUCGACCAUCCCCGCUGGUCGGCGCCAGGGCAUCUCCGAGCAACUGCUUCGUGACAAUCUCGACCGACUGGAGCAGCUGCUGCCGGAGCUGACUCCAGACGUCAGCAAAAUGAGGGCAGGAGACUGGGCGAAGCUGGCCAAGGACGUCAACCAGGUGGCGACCAUGUUGGUCGUCAUCAAGAGCCUCUACCCGGUGGGAGCCAACGUUGGCCGCAUUAUAGCCAAGGCGCCCAAGAUUCUAUUGAAAACUCCGGAGGCGGUCUCAGCGGAUGCGGUGGUGGUACGGCGGGUGUUAUCCACCGCUCCGAACCCGGACGCCAUCAUCGAAGAGGUGCCGUACCUCAUGGAUCCAGCCGCACUGGCGCAGAGCCUGGCUAAUGUCAGCCGAUGGUACAACACGCAGGAUCCGGUGUCCAUGAUUGCCCGGAACCCCAAGCUACUGCUCAACGUUGAGGAAGCGGACUUGGAGGCGGAUCCCUUGUACGCUCACCACGGCGGGCUGAAAGAGAUGCUGGGAAGCCUCAGCCUAAACCUCAGCACCAUCGACACCUGGGACUUCGGGCAGCAGCAGCAUCAGGCACAGCGGGAGGCUCAGGGGGGCAGCGGUGUACAGGGGGCUGGACAGCCACAUCCGCCACCUCAGCAGCCGCCCGCCCGCCCCACGCCCGUGCUCGCGCCCGUGCUCACGCCGCCACCCGUAUCUGUGGUAGGCGACGCUAUCUACGUGGAAGACCAGCUACCGGAGCUUGGUAAACGGGCCGGGGCGGCGGCGACGGCGGCGCUUGGUAGCAGCGGCAAUGUGUCGCCACCGCCGGCGCCGCCGCAGGCAGCUGCGGCGGCAGCAGCGGCGGCAGGUCGCUCCACGCACCCGGGAUUCGUGGCGAGUGAAGGGAACCAGCAAUCUGGAUCCUGCACAUAG